CUUCAGCAUCUCCUCGCAGGCUCUCGGGGAAGUUGGCCACGCUUGCACGGGACGGCGGGGUCUCCAACAGCGCAGCGCCCGCGGGAUCAACUGGAUCCACGCUCUUGCCAACAGCCGAGAAGGGGGAAAGGGGGCGAUCGGCCGGAAAGAGCGCCGGACUCCGGUACUAUAUAAGGCGCUCCGAACGUCCCAGGAUGAGGCGCGCCGGGCAGGGAGCCGCGUCCGAGCGAGGUUUUGGUGGCAGCACGGCAGGCUUCUGACAUGCGACCAGUACAGAAGCUGACCUUUUCUGGAGACGUCUUCUAAGAGGUGUGAUGCGGGCUCCCCCUUGUGGGAAUUAAUUGGAUCGAAACUUCCCUGAUUUGAAAAGCGGGUCAGUCCAAAGCUGAGCCAUGGAAAUGGUGAGCACACAACCUUCUGUUCAAGAAUUUGAAGGGAUGGACCCUCUGAUACGCCGCCAUUACAACUUCACGGGGAAGCUCUUCCGAGGAAAAGAAAAAAGCCUGACGACCAUUAUCCUUCUAAUUGUCUGCAGCUUCAUCAUCCUGGAGAACUUGAUGGUGCUGAUCGCCAUCUGGAAGAACAACAAGUUUCACAACCGCAUGUAUUUUUUCAUUGGCAACCUGGCCCUCUGUGAUCUGCUGGCUGGGAUAGUUUACAAAGUAAACAUCUUGAUGUCGGGAAACAAGACCAUGAGCUUGUCUGCCCAGAUUUGGUUUAUCCGAGAAGGCAGCAUGUUUGUGGCCCUGGGGGCUUCCACAUUCAGCUUAUUAGCGAUCGCCAUCGAGAGGCAUUUGACAAUGAUCAAAAUGAGGCCGUACGAUGCCAAUAAGAAGUACAGGGUCUUUUUGCUCAUUGGAACUUGCUGGCUUAUCUCAGUUUCCCUGGGCGCCUUGCCAAUCCUUGGCUGGAAUUGUGUUGCGGACUUAGCUGACUGUUCCACCAUUUUGCCGCUCUAUUCCAAAAGGUAUGUGGCCUUUUGCAUCACCAUCUUCAUAGCAAUCUUGGUGGCCAUUGUCCUCCUCUACGCCCGGAUCUACAUCUUGGUGAAGUCCAGCAGCCGCAACGUCACCAACCACAACAAUUCGGAGAGGUCCAUGGCUUUGCUCCGGACAGUCGUGAUUGUGGUCGGGGUUUUCAUCGCUUGCUGGUUGCCGCUGUUUAUCUUGUUGCUGGUCGACGUGGCCUGCAAAGUGAAAGAAUGCCCCAUUUUGUACGAAGUGCACGGGUUCAUUGCCUUGGCGGUCCUCAAUUCAGCCAUGAACCCCGUCAUCUACACCCUGGCAAGCAAAGAAAUGCGGCGGGCUUUCUUCCGCCUCGUCUGCGGCUGCUUGGUGAAGACCAGCGCCACCACGUCGCUGCCUGUCCAGCCCACCCCAGAUCAGAGUCGCAGCAAGUCCAGCAGCAGCAAUGCACAGAAACCGAAGGACGAACACCCACAGACUAACGGCUCGCCAGGUUUAGCGGAAAAGAACGAAUCGUCAUUUCAUAAUGGGAAUUGCUGCAAAUGAAGUCCGUCAACUCUGCAGGCCAAGGAUUCUUUAACUGACUUUUUAAAAGAGCCAAAUGGAAGCCUUUUGGUGGGGUUUCAUGCACUUAAAUCACAGGGAGAGACACUCCUCGUCAAUGGCAUAAUAUCAAGUGCCUUUUUUUUUAGCCCAGGCAGUUUUGGACUGGGUUUUAGUUCUGUGAGGGAUGGACCCAGGAAGGCACUUCACUGCCUCUCCAAAUCCUGUCAGUAUCAAGAAAAUUGGACAUGAUACAAAAUGUAUAUGCAUUAGGGAAUCAAUGCAGAAACCAUGGUGGGUUAUUUAAAACCAAUAAAUGAAACCCAAUCUGCACACACAUCCCAAUAAUAUGCAAGUCGAGAAAAUCUGGAGGUGCUGUGUACGUUUUUUAUUGCCAUCUGUUCCGUGCCUUUUGGGCCCGGCUGCUGCCUCACUUCCUUAGCCCCUUCCUUCAAGCAGCCUACCUUCUUGACCUCUAUACAGAACACAAUGCCUAGGAACUGUGGGAGACUUUCGCUUUCUCCACCCAAGUGGGAUGGUUUGGCAACUGACCUCCUCCCCAGGAGUUAACAGUAUUUAUAGAUAUUCCGUGAUAUCACCGUUGCUCAGCCAGUAGUGCUGGGGAAGGGGGGAGAAUCACAUGGGCAAAUGCAGCCAAUGCUAGCCUAUUGUGUGUGUGUGUAUAUCAGUCGGUUCACAGGAAACGUUAACAUUCACCAAGCACUGCACACCCUCUGCAGGAAUGUGUAUCCGCUAUAUGCUGAAAUUUAAAGUUAUGAGAGAGAUUGUUUACCUCCUCAGUGCUGCAUUAUUUUCCAACUUUUGCGUCUUGUUGUUAUGUUAAUGGAUUCACACUACAAGUAUUAUUUGACGUGGCAGCAAAUGCUUAGGUCUGAUCGCUGUGCCACAAGCCAUAAACUACCAUAUUAUGAAGGCAAGGAACUCACACUGACAUGAACAGAUAGAUGGAUACUCCAGAACAAAUGUUUAGGGUUGAGCUGGCAGCCUAAUUAUCUUUUUAUUUAUGCCAGUUGUGUGGCAAAAGUUUACAUUAUCUGAUAUUAUCACCAUGGUUUCCUGUGUAAUAUACCAGAUCUUACAAGUACUGUGGGCAGGUAUGUUCCAAUAGUGGUGUUUUGUUUUGUUUUGUUUUGUUUUGUUUUGUUUUGUUUUGUUUUGUUUUGUUUUGUUUUGUUUUGUUUUGUUUUGUUUUGUUUUGUUUUUAAACUUCACCAACAAAAUUUUGGAGGAGAGAAGUUGGAUGCUACACGAACCCAGUAUUCUGUCUGUAAUUAUCAAUGCAAACAUCCUGCGAGAAUAGCUAAAUGUGAAGGCUGGGACUAGAAGCCAUUUUGGUUUUGUUCUAGGACUUUAAGAAAAAUGUAAUAUUGGUUCAUUCUCCUUGAAUCUCUUUUUUAUUUAAUGUAGUUUAGUGCCCAACUGAAAUAUGUGUCUUGGCGUUUUAUGCAUAGCAUGUAUAUAGAUGUAUAUUUAAUCAAUUUUUGUUCUUUGAAAGAUAUAUUUUUUAAAAAAUGAAGGCCCAGCCUGUGUUAUGGAAAGCCCAAACACAGAAAAUUAGGAAGAUCUAAUGGAUUGGUAUGGUCUUCUCAAUGUUAUUUUGUACAAAACUACACAUUUCCAGAAAACUAUCCAGAGCUUUACAAAAAUCACAAAUUGCAGUUUAAUGCUCAGACUUGAGUCAAUUGCAUGACUGGUGGAUGUUUUUUAUUCAUCUAGCUCUAGAAUUAAUAUUCUGUCAUCUGGACUCGCUGACCACCAAUAUAUUUUCCCCCUGAUGGCUUAUGCUGGAAGAAAGCGAGCAGAGAAUAAAUAGGAUUCACCUUGCACUAGGCGCGGACUAAAGGAAGAAAUUGGUCGUGGGGGGUGCAUGUACCACGGGAAAUAAAGUUAGCACGAGUGGAAGAAACAGUCAAAAGUGGUCCAUGAGAACAUCAUACAUGGUCCCAGGUACUCUGAGAUUUUCAGCCAGCUUCUGCUUCUUUCACAGCAACAGGACUAAUUUUGAACUGAACCAUCCUCCUCAGCAUCUGAAAAAUUCAUAAACCUCAAGCUGUGAAAUUACUGUUUACAAGAGGCAUUUAAAAGGGGGAGGGCAUGCUAUUUCGACCAGGGGUAGCCAAUGGGGUACCACCCUAAAAUUUUGGGAUACAGCUCACAUCAAUCCCAGCCAGCAUGACCAGUGGACAGACAUCAUAGUUGUAGUACAAAGCAUGUAAAAGGCACCACAUUGGCAAAGCCAAGAAUUAAACAUAAAAUUAUGAUAGACAUAAAUGAAAGAGGAGGCUUUGCCAUGCCUGAUUUGCAAAUGUAUUAUGAGGCAGCCUGCUUGCGCUGGUUAAAAGAAUGGAUUACACUGGAUAAUGCAGACAUCCUGGACUUAGAAGGCCAUGAUUUAAAAUUUGGCUGGCAUGCAUGUCUUUGGUAUGGGAAGGCAAAAAUCCAUAAAAAUUUUAUGAACCAUAUUCUAAGGAAGAAUUUGUAUAGAGUUUGGGAGAAAUAUAAAAAUCUGCUGGAAAGGAAAACACCUUUAUGGCUAUCUCUUAUUGAGGCUAUUACAAUCAAGAAAGUUAAUAUGGAUAGACAAUGGUCAACUUUUACAGGGAAUUGCUGCAUUUCACAGACAGGAAACUUAAACUGAAAUCAAUGGAAAGUGUAAGAAGCCAUGCUACGGACUGGCUACAAUAUCAUCAGUUACAUGAAAUGUUUAAAAUAGAUGGGGGAAAUGGUUUUUUGGAGCAGCUCACAAUUUGAAAAAGAACUUAUACAAAACAAAGAAAAACUUUUAUCUAAAAUGUAUAAUUUGUUAUUAGAUUGGAAAACAAAAGAUGAGCUUGUGAAAGGCACCACAAUGGCUAUUCCUGUUUUAAACAUUUCCUACUGCAGCUUCAUUGAAAACCUGUGUCUAAGGGCAAAAUCUUAAGCACAUUUAAAUAGAAAUAAUAGAUGGGAAUGACUUGCACAGAAUGCCACCAAAUCAUUUUAUCCCUCUGAUAAUGUAAUGCCCAUAGCAGAACCGCUCCUAGUUGGUAUGAAUAUUUGUUAUUUCAAGUGUAAAGUAUUGUAAACAUGUAUAUUAACUUUUCGAUCUCUGUGCAAAAUACAAAAGAGUAUGCUGAAACUGUGAAUGCCAAACAGUAUAAAGGAACAUAUCAAAUAAUAAAAACUGCUGUAAGCAGCAAAGAGACAUAGUCUUUAAGAUGAUCCUGGUUAAACAGCAAGGUUACGGACAAGGAUGCUUAACCUGUAAAUACAAAUCAAGUCACGGAUAUAUCCCCAGGUGCUCUGAAGAAUUUCCUAAAGUUUUUAUAUAUUAAAUGUAUUGUGUUGCGUUGUAUGACAUAAUAAUAAAGUAAAAGAAGAUGUCCCUCGUUGAAGCAUGUGGAAUAACAGAAUCACAAAUCAGUGAAUGAUAACUUAGUGAUUAAAGGCAUAUAUCAGGUACAAUAGGAAAAUGCAAAAUAAUACAGAGGUAUGUCUUGACGAAAUAAGCAACCAAAGUAUUGUUGUUCUCUAUUCUCUUAUUGUGUGGCAUGCCACUUUAAAUUUAAGAGGGAUUGCCUGGCUAUUUUUCUUGGCUUGCUUGGGAUUCAUUCUCCUGCAGUGAACAACUAUCUCUGCUGCUUCGUUGUACUAGUAAAAAAAAACACUUGGGAUGGGAUCAUACUAACCAUUGCAUGACUGACUGCAGCCCUAAUAGAUUGUUCUAUAUACCUAUCUAGAAAUACUGGGGAUUGAACCUGGGACCUGCUGCAUGCAAAGCUACAGCUCUUCACCAGUUUUACUACCGCAGGACUCUACCACCUAAUACCAUCUUCGUUCUGCUACAUGGCUAGAUGCAGACCUGUAUUUCUCUGUAAAUGUGAUCAAUAGGAUUGGUUCGCAUGUCUUCUAGAUGGGCAAUGCAGUGGUAAAAAUGCCCCAAAGUGAUAACGUCACGUGCUCUCAUGAUGUAUUCUUUGAUACUAUCCACAAUUAAAGAUAAGCAAUAUGGUGCCUUCUAGAUAUGGUUGACUGCAGCUCCCAUAAUCCCAGGCCACAAGUCAUGUUGAUGGGAGUUUGAGUCCAACAACAGCUGGAGGUCACCCCAUUGGUCACCGCUCUUG